AUGGAAAUUAUUUCAUCAAAAAGGUUCAUUUUAUUGACUUUAGCCACUUCAAUCUUGUUAACAUCAAAUAUCUUUUAUGCAGAUGAACUAACAAUGGGACAUCUUCACAGCAAAGAAAAUUAUGACAAAUGUUCUGAGCCUCAAGGAACCCCAAAAGGAGAAAAGGAAAGAAGUUUCACUUUUCAAGAAUUAAAAGAUUGGGGACCAAAAAACGUCAUGAAGAUGAGUACACCUGCAGUUAAUAAAACACCACACGCUGCAGCCAACUUGCCACUGAGAUUUGGGAGGACCAUGAAAGAAGAAAGGAACCCCAGGGGUUCAGUCAACCUGCCUCUGAGGUUUGGAAGAAAUAUGGAGGCAGGCAUCUCUAGGCAUCUUCCUAACCUCCCCCAAAGGUUUGGGAGAAUGACAAUGGCCAAAAGCGCCUCUAAGACACUGAGCAAUUUGCUUAGACGAUCCAUGCAUUCACUCUCUGCCAAUGAGUUACUUCACUGCAUGACCUGCCAGAGCGAAGAAAUCUAGAAUCCUGAUAAAAACAA